UCUGCAACGCUCUCCCUCUCCGUACUUUCUUUUUCGUUUUAUCCCGGCCAGCGCGGGCAACCCGACUGCCGCUAGACUGGCAGAGCCGUUUGCCGGCCUGCAGUCGAGAGCGUCGCGUCUUUAUCGGAAGCAGUAUGUCUACCGGAUUCGGUCCCAAUAUCCUCGUCGGCUCCUGCGUUGCGUUCCUGCUCCUCAGUCAUCAUGCGGCACAAGCCGUGCCGACAACGAUCGAGCCGCCGGGCCAAAGGGACCUCCAGCCGGACGGCGUCGGCAGCGAGGGCACGACCACAGAGCAGCCGCUGACAUCUACAAAUGCACCGCGAGUCGCAGACAGCCCUGGAGUCUUUGUGUGUGGUGCGCCUUGCAGUGAUUCCUUUCCGGUUCCCGUGUGCGGGUCCGACGGCCGAGUCUACAACAGCGAAUGCUCCAUGAUGAACGCCAACUGUCGGAAACAGAGACGGAAGCGUGGUUCUCACGAGCCGGUGCGCGUAGUGGAUUGGGAGCGCUGCCGCGGCCGGCACCCGCUCUGCCCGGACAAGUGCCUCGACAUCUACGACCCGGUGUGCGGCAAGGACGGACGCUUCUACCCGAACCUCUGCAUCAUGCAGCGCAGGAACUGCGGGAAGGUUAUUGGUACCCAGACGUUGGCCGUUUGCAUAGCGAGCGCCAGAGAGGCCCGCAAGCUGCAUUCGUGCCCGCAGGACUGCUCGGAGCUGUACGAACCCGUGUGCGGCUCCAACGGCGAGGUCUACCUGAACGAGUGCUUCUUCAAGAAGGAGACCUGCGGGAGCAAGGACCCCGUGCAGAUGGUGCCCCUGAACCGGUGCCUGGAGCCCCCCAAGUGCCCCAAGCGCUGCCUCCCCAUACUGGACCCCGUGUGCGGGUCGGACGGACAGCGCUACCUCAACCAUUGCCGCAUGCAGCAGAGAAACUGCGGCCGGAAUGUCGUCGUCAUGCCAAAAAGCUUCUGCUCGUGACCACCUCCGUGUUUGUCUUGUUUUCUUUUUGUUUGGUUACCAUUUUACUAGAUUCAAUAAACUUUUUUUCCCAAAAGA